AUGAUUACCUUCAACAUCGAAAUCGUCUCCGACCCAAUAUGCUCGUGGUGUUUCAUUGCCCAUCGUGCCCUCGAAAAAACAGUUCGACUAUAUCGAACCACAAUCCCCGACGGAUUAGCCGACGAGUUCAACAUAACUUAUCUCCCCUACUACCUUCUCGAUCCGACAUUACCAAGUAGAAACAAAACGAACUUUGAAAGCGUAAUCGCGCUUCGAAAACAUCAGAAUCUGACGUAUAAUCGCAUCAUGCAAAUUGGACGCAGUUACGGUAUCUCGUUCAAUUUCUUUGAGGGUAAAAUUGGGGGUACGAGGGAGGCGCAUCGUUUGAUUCAAUUAGUGCAGAGUCGAAGGGGCGCGGAAGUCAGGGAUAGAGUGAUAGAUAGGAUAUGCAGCGCUUUCCAUGAAAGGGCAAUGGAUAUCACAAAUCAGGAAGUUUUGAGGUCCAUUGCUAUUGAUGCUGGUGUUGGUGUUGAGGAGGCUGAUGGAUGGAUGGAUAAGGAUAUUGGUGGCGAAGAACUUGAGGUUCAGCUUAAAAGAGCUCGGAAUUUGGUGGGUGCUGAGAAUAAAGGAGUGCCAGUUGUUAUUGUACAAGGACAGGUUAGGUUUGACGGAGCUCCGGAUAUUUCUGAACUUCUCGGGACUUUGGUGAGUAUUAGGGACGGGAUGGUUGAAAAAAAUGUCGACCUGCAAGGACAAGCAAGUACUGAUCGAUGCUAA